AUGACACCUCCUAUACACAACGCCAACGGCACACAAUUCACACAACCGUCCGAAUGCUCCAAAGCGGGCGAUGCAAUGCCUGCCCUGCCUUCCAACAUUCAAUUUUAUAACCAGGUCCCACUGUACCAACCACAAAGCCCGCACCGAGAUAUGAAGGAUGUUUUGCAGGAUUGUUGCUCGAAUGGGGUGUGGAUAUUUUCCGAUCCGGAUCCUUGCACGGCUAUCUGUGAUUCGCGCACUGCGGCUGAAGCGAAGAAAGUCAUGUACUGCUUGAAUGGUCAGAACGUUGUACAUGGAACCAAAACGGAGAAAAGUUCGGCGGCGAAGGGUCCGGCGGUGGGAUGGGUUUCUUUGCUGGUUGGGGCGAUGCUUUUGUCGGGGAUGUUGACUUGA